UGAUGGAUCUCACUCUCUCACUCAUACUCAUACCACCUCCACCACUUUAUAUAUAUAUAUAUUAUAUAUACACACACACACACACACACACUCAAAAACAAGAAAUCUUGAACAUGGGAACCCUCGACCUUAAACCUGCCAUCCAAGACCUUAAGGUGGCAAUCCAAGAAACAACCCUAAUACACCCCUCCUCCCAUGGAACUCUUGAAAACAAGUCCAUCUUCUUGUCCAACAUAGACCAAGUGCUGAAUUUCCAUGUCCAAACUGUCCAUUUCUUCCCAGCCAAUCCUGAUUUCCCACCGGAAACUACGGUUGCUAGGCUAAAGAAUGCACUGGAGAAAGUGAUGGUGGCAUAUGAUUUCUUGGGCGGAAGGUUGAAAUUCAACCACCAGACGGGGCGGCUGGAGAUCGAGUGCAGCCAAUCCGGGGUGGGGUUUGUAGUGGCCACCACCGAGUAUUCUCUAGAUGAGGUUGGGGAUUUGGUAUAUCCCAAUCCAGCAUUCAUGCAGCUGAUUGUCCAGGCUUUGGAUAAGUUUGAUGAUCAGCCACUUUGUGUUCUUCAGGUCACAUCAUUCAAGUGUGGUGGUUUUGCAAUGGGCUUGUCCACCAACCAUGUCUUGUUUGAUGGCCUGAGCUUCAAGAUCUUCUUGGAAAACCUAGCUUCCCAAGCUUUUGAUGACAAACCCUUACCCCUCUCACCAUGCAACGAUCGUCGCCUCCUGGCCGCCAGGUCGCCGCCACAGGUCACCUUCCCCCACCCCGAGUUGCUCAAGCUGAAGCCUCCAAUAGGGGAAGAAGAACAAAAUCCUCCGGUGUUUGAUAGCAAACAAGAGGAUUUAGACUUCAAGAUCUUUAGUCUAAGCCCUAACGACAUUAGUUACUUGAAGGAGAAGGCAAAGGCCGGAGAAAUCAAUACCAACACCAAAAUCACUGGCUUCAAUGUGGUCACGGCCCACGUCUGGCGGUGCAAGGCGUUGUCGUAUGACGUAGGGAAUAAUAGGGAGAUGGUGCUUUAUGCAGUGGACAUAAGGUCGAAACUGAAGCCACCACUGCCAGUUUCUUACUGUGGCAACGCGGUGCUGAGUGCUUAUGCGUCUGCCAAAUGUUCAGAGCUGGAGGACGAGCCAUUCUCCAAGCUGGUCGAGAUGGUGUCGGCAGGGUCCACACGAAUGACCGACGAAUACGCAAGGUCGGCGAUUGAUUGGGGGGAGGUCUACAAAGGGUUUCCCAAUGGGGAGUUCUUGAUUUCCUCAUGGUGGAGAUUAGGGUUUGAUGAGGUGGUCUACCCAUGGGGGAAGCCAAGGUAUAGUUGCCCUGUGGUAUACCAUAGGAAGGAUAUCAUACUAUUGUUCCCUGAGAUUGGUGGGGCUAGCAGCAAUGGGGUGAAUGUUUUGGUUGCGUUGCCUCACAAGGAGAUGGAGAAAUUCCAAGCUCUAUUUCAUAAGUACAUGACAUGAAA